CUAGUAUUUUCAACGAAACGAUUAACAGACACCUCAAUGACUGAGGACAGUUUCUCCAAGCAGCGUACCCCCAGCGCGGUCGCAUGAGUCCCGCAACAUAGGAGCGGUGCCCAACGAAGGGCCACCCACGCUUCCCCCGCCCAGUGCGAAAGAGGCCGCCGGCCGUAGCUCCGCGCGCGUGCUCUGCCGCUCACGCCGCCCCUCCUCCCUCUCUCCAGGACUUCCUGCUGCUUCUCGCCGACCCCCGCCGCGCCGUUGGACGGACCCGGCCUAUCCCGAGCGCUCUGUUAGCCAGGGGUAGCCGGAAGAGACCGGGCAGCGGGGGAGAGCUGCAGAGGGUGGCGGAGCCCGCUACGCCCGCCCAGGGAGGGCAGGGGGAGAGAGGGAGGCAGAGUUAAGCGAGGAGCGCGAGUAAGUGAGCUUGGGUCCGACUUGAGCUCGGGCUCAAGACGGAGACUGGUGGGCCAGGCCCCCAAGCUGGCGUCACACCCCGUCUGAAGAAGACAGGCGGUCACAUGGCUUCGCCAUUCCUGCCUGCGGGAGCCACUACGGGCAACAGCGGCGGAGAGCUGAGCUCGGGGGACGACUCCGUGGAUGUGGAAUCCCUUCAGAGCCCGGAGACCGAGGCGUCCAAGAGCCUGACAGAGCUGUUUGAGAAGGCUGCCGCGCACUUCCGAGGCCUGGUUCAAGGGGCCAGCAGGGAGCAGCUCUUGUACCUGUAUGCCCGGUACAAGCAGGUCAAAGUUGGAAAUUGCAAUACUCCUAAACCAAGCUUCUUUGACUUUGAAGGAAAGCAAAAAUGGGAAGCAUGGAAAGCACUUGGUGAUUCAAGCCCCAGCCGAGCAAUGCAGGAGUACAUUGCCGUAGUUAAAAAAUUAGAUCCAAGUUGGAAUCCUCAGUCACCAGAGAAGAAAGGAAAAGAAGCAAAUACUGGUUUUGGUGGGCCAGUUGUUAGUUCUCUGUAUCACGAAGAAAUCAUCAGGGAAGAAGACAAAAACAUAUUUGAUUACUGCAGGGAAAACAACAUUGACCAUAUAACCAAAGUCUUCAAAUCAAAAAACGUGGAUGUGAAUAUGAAAGAUGAAGAGGGCAGAGCUCUACUCCAUUGGGCUUGUGAUCGAGGACAUAAGGAACUAGUCACAGUCCUGCUACAACAUAGGGCUGAUAUUAACUGUCAGGACAAUGAAGGUCAAACAGCUCUACAUUAUGCUGCUGCCUGUGAGUUUUUGGACAUUGUCGAGCUGCUGCUCCAGUCCGGCGCCGACCCCACGCUCCGAGACCAGGACGGCUGCCUGCCGGAGGAGGCGACAGGGUGCAGAGCGGUCACUUUGAUGUUACAGCAGCACACGACUGGCAAGGCUUAAUCAAAAGACUGGAAACCCACAGUCUAUAACAGCACAGGGCUUCAGUGGUGAAAGAAAACUUCAAAAAUAACACUUCUUUUGCCACCCAUCUUUGGUAUACAUUGGCUAAUAAAAUCAGUUGUGCAGAACUGGGGUUUUGAAGUCUCAGCAAUUCCUUCUACUUGCAUAUAUUCCAGCGAGUACCGUUUGGUGAUGAACAUGUGUACUGUGCAUAAUACAAUCCAAUUCCGCUGAGCGUGCUCUGAAAUUUAUCACUGUUCUAGAGGCUGGGAGAAGAGGCGAUGCAUCGUAUUUCACAAUUUUAAACAUGACUGCUCUUUUAAAAAACAUACAGAAGGGAAAUAGAACCGGCAGUACUACACUGACAAUUAGGGAAAGUUCCAUGAAAUCCCAAUAUGGUGGAGCUCAAAUGGUCUCAUGGCAUUUGGUACAGCUGGUCUAAAUAAGUAGCUAAAACGUCUAUUCUUUUCUCAGACAGAAUUGGGAAGAUAGGAAAGACGAGGGCUGUUAAGAAAGCAAAAGGGAGAAAGGGAAGAGUUUUGUCACAUAAGGGAUAUAAAAGUCAGAGGAACAACCAGAUUUACGGAAGACCUCAGAAUCUUGGACAUUUUAGGAUGGAAACACAGAUUCUAGAGAAUUCACCGGUUAGGUCAGGAUUCCUUAAACUCACCGUUACAAAACAGGGAGGAACCUCCUUAGGGCCCUUUUAACUGGCUAUUAUGUUCCUGUCGCAUAUGGCAGCAGUCUCUGUAACUAGCUCAGGCCUGAACUGUUAGGCCUAUUUGGGUCUAAUAUGAAACAGCCGUAAUGCCCCAAUACUUAGGUGUGAUUGAAGUUAUUUCUGGAGCACUUCUAUUUUUUAUUAAAAACAUAGACAAGUACGCCACAGGUUUUAUUUAAAGGAUGGACAAGUAUGCCACUGUUGAAACUGGCUCCCUACAUUUUCCCCUUUAAGCCUCAAGAACUCCAUCUGGGAAAUUCCUUGACAUUUCUUAUUAUGUGAGGAAAGUAGAUAGUUGUCAUAGGAAGAGAAAUGAAGAAACAAGUUGAGAUGCCACGAUAACCAUUUAAAGGAUAAUUUUUCUAACAUGUCACUCCUAAGAUAACAAUAAACUUGUUUAGUGGAGCCCUCAACAAUGGACAAGAGUUUCAUUAGCUCAAGCUAACCUGUCCUUCUGGAACAAGCCCCUCCAGAGCAGAAAUGAGGCAUAUUAAUAAUGCUGCUUAUUUUGUAAUUUUUCUAACCUCUUAUUUUCUGAGAUGUAAACCAAAACCACUCACCAAGAUUAUUCAUUUUUUAAAUGACUUCUUAAUUAUCUGUGGAAGUGAUAAGUACAUUAGUACAUACUGAAAUGUUACUGUAAUUCUAGCAGAGCUUUCUCUUCAUUAUCUGUUCUUUUCCCACAGUCCCAGCUACAUUGCAACCUACUGUUCAGCUAAAUUCUCUCAUGUUCCACAUUAAUUGAAUGUGUUUUAAGUAAUAUUAUUCAUUAGUUACAGUAAAAGUGACCAAGAUGUUGCAUGCAGCUUUUAACUGAUAUUACUUUGUGCAUUUUUUGGACAUUAGCAAAUCAAAAAGUGUUUAUUCAUUUCCGAUUUACAGGGUAGUUAGCUGAGCAAAAAGCUAUCAAGGAACUCCUUUUUUCAUUUCUCUUUUGUAAUUCGAUCUGGGUAUUUCUUAGACAAGUUUUUAAUAAGCUGUUUUGCCACAUCUAAAACAGGUUGUUUUUAAAUAAAGAAUGUAAUUUGGUUUU